UUUCUCAUUUCCAUUAUUCAUGAUUUCAGAAUUUAGCGAUGGUAAUUUAACCAGAUUAUUUCUGGAUGUCUUCGCUUCGUUAAAAAGCUGCUGGUCUCAAAUAUUUCUUUCCGAUUUUAUAUCCUAAUUAUCUUAAUACCAGCUUGAGCAUCCAUAAAUAAUUGAGCAUAGAAUCAAACUUAUGGCAGAAAGAGAAAGAAUACUGCCGAAAGCUUACCGAAACUAAGGCCCAAAGGGUAAUCUCCAGCCGUAAGUUAUUCAAUUGCCUUAAGCCCAUCUAACUUUUGGUUUCUAACUUUCAUGACCGAUUAGACAUCAACAUUAAAUUUGAUGUACGAUAAUGGUUGUACUAAUAAUUAUUUAGGAGAACAAGCCAGAAAUAAAAGAAUCAGUCAAUGAAUUCAAAGUAUGCUUAAUUCACUCAGCAUUAGAAAUUAACAACAAUAUUUGCCAAAUGGAUGUCAAGAUAAAUAUUUCAAAAAAUAAAAAUGCUGAAGAGCCAGAACAAUUAAAGCCGAUCAAUAACGCUAGAAAUAAAGAUAGCAAGAGUAUAAUCCUUGAUACUAUUAACUUUAACAGCCUAAGCCCCAAUAGGAGAGAGUUUAUUCAUAUGUCACCAGAUAAUCUACAUACAUUCACUACUUUCAAUUCAAGGGUUUUAAAUGCAACACCUUCUACCAAAAAUUACGAAGAGAUACCUUGGGAGAACAUCAUGGUUAAAAAUUUGAAGCAGAAAUAAGUUAGCCCAUAUUAGAAACUCCCAAAGUACCAAAAGGAAGAGGUAUGUCUCAAAGAGGAUAAACUCUAUCACCUAUCCAGAGAAGAGGAAGGUGCAUCCCAAAUAAGAAGAGUAUUGUGGCAUACUAUUCUCCAAUAUCACACAGUCCAACUAGCUUUAUUAAACAGAAACAGAAGCCUUACUCCAAGAUCUUUUACGGCAAUUCAAAGUUUUUAAAAUCUAAAUAAUAAGAAAAUCCUCUGUCCUAAAAAUAACACACUGAGUCCCUCCAUGGUUGAUAUGGUGACUCAAGAGUGCAGUAAAGAUUUGAUAGAGACUCCCAUGAUGAUCAAAGCUAAAGGACUUCAGUCCAAAACUAAAGAUAGCUGGAGAGCUAAAGCCAAAAAGGAAAAUCGUAAAAAUGCCUCAGUAAAGAAGAAGAGAACUAUAAAGAAAACUCAUUCUAAGCAGAGUUUUUAUAAUACCUCAAACCACAAUACAUCCAAAGCAAGCUCUUUCAGGGAGCCUUUUAUCUCAAUAAACUUCAAGAGUAACCAGCAUACUCCCAAUAAGAGUUACUCACCACCAAUUAAAUAACUAUACACUCUCACAUAAAGGAGAGAGUCCCUUUAAAGACUGAAAGAACCAGAUCAGCAGGGAUUCUUCAACUAAAUAAAUCCAAUGCCGCCAGGUUAAAAAGCAGGAAGCUCAGAAAAAUUCCUCAGAUCUCAUUACAUACAACUAAACGUAAAUAAAGACAGAGCUGCAAAGAAAAAGACUGAGAACUUGAAAACCCAAAAUAUUGUGAAAAGUAUCCGAAAAGUCACAAUGCCAAAAUUGAAGAUAAACAAUAAGAAAUUAAAAUAACAUGUUUAAUAAAAAGAAGCGUACAAGCUUCGCCUUUCAAGAACUUUCUCAUAAUGAGAGUUCUGAUCCUUUUAUUAAAAUCUUUGUAAAAAAUAAAAGGAAGAAAAUAAUAACCCCAAGCCCAUUGCCUUCACAUAGAAAAUGGAAUUCAAAAUUUAUAAGAAAUGACCUAAAGUUAUUUAAAAACCUCCGUGAUUAUGAAUUCAUCAAUCUUAGUAAGUACCAAGAGCGGCAUCCUUCCCGUAGUAGAGGUCAGUAUCACAACAUGGAUCUCAAAAAUGACAUGAAAUUAAAAGCAAUCAACUCAAUCUAG